AUGCGCGAGUUCUUUGGCUGCUACCUGCUGGAAAGCAAGAACCCGCGGGCCAAGGGGCGCAGCUACGUGGGCUUCACGGUCAACCCGCGGCGCCGCAUCCGCCAGCACAAUGGCGAGCUGGUCAACGGGGCGGCCAAGACCAAGCGGCACCGGCCCUGGGAGAUGGUGCUGGUGGUGUUUGGCUUCCCCAGCCAGGUGCAGGCGCUGCAGUUCGAGUGGGCCUGGCAGCACCCAGAGAAGAGCAUUGAAGUGAGGGGCAUCGCUGCGCGGCUGGGCCGCCAGAAGCGCUACGGCGUGCUGCUCCUGAUGGAGAUGCUGCGGGCGGAGCCCUGGUGCUACUACCCGCUCACCCUGCAGUUCCUUUCCUCCCAGCACUCGGCGCUGCGUGGCAAGUGCCCGCCGCCGCCGGAGCACAUGCAGCUUUGCGGCAAGGCGGCCAGCCGCACCUGGGUGCCUUGCGCCUGCUGCGGCAUCCGCACGCAUGUGGAGUGCCUGGCACGGCACUUCCUGCAGCCUGGGGGUGCUGGCAGCGGCGCCAGUGCCGCUUCUGCUGCCGGCCUGCUGCCCAGCCGCGGCAGCUGCCCCGUCUGUGGCGCCCAGCUGACAUGGGCAGAUGCCCUGCGC